UUGGUUUGCACGUCAGCAGCUCUACGUCUACAGCCAGCUCUACAUAUUCUCCAGUGGUCAUCACUUCCUCCCCAGAUUCAACAACCAAAAAGCCUCUUCCUCGUCUUCUUCUUCUUCUUUUACGUAAGGCAAAACACUUACCAUGCAAUUACUUCAAUCUACAUGUCUUCACGCAACGCCAUUAAACUUCUUUCGGAAAAACACUGACUUUAGUCUCCCCAAUUAUAAUGAACGUCCCACCACCGCCAAGAAGUUCUCCUACAUCACCGCCUCUGCUACCAAGUCCGCCCCCAAACGCGAGAAGGACCCCAAGAAGCGGGUGGUUAUCACCGGCAUGGGUGUGGUCUCCGUCUUCGGGAAUGACGUCGAUGCUUAUUACGAGAAAUUGUUGGCGGGUGAAAGUGGGAUCACCAUGAUUGACAGCUUCGAUGCGAGUAAGUUUCCGACCCAGUUCGGGGGUCAGAUACGGGGGUUCAGUGGGAAGGGUUUUAUUGAUGGGAAGAAUGAUAGGAGAAUGGAUAAUACUUUGAGGUAUUGCAUUGUUGCCGGGAAGAAGGCUCUGGAAAACGCAGAUCUUGGUGGUGAUAACUUAACCAAGGUUAAUAAGGAUCGAGCCGGGGUGCUUGUGGGAUCAGGAAUGGGUGGUGUUACGACAUUUUCCGAGGCAGUUCAGUCUCUAAAAGAGCAGGGUCACAGGAAAAUAAGACCUUUCUUGAUUCCUUAUACUAUUACAAACAUGGGGUCUGCUUUACUUGCAAUGGACAUUGGCUUCACAGGUCCAAAUUAUUCAAUUUCAGCUGCUUGUGCUACGUCCAAUUUCUGCUUCUGUAAGGCUGCUAAUCACAUCCGUAGAGGUGAGGUUGAUUUGAUGAUUGCUGGUGGAACCGAAGCAGCCUUGGUGCCUAUUGGCUUGGGAGGUUUUGUUGCAUGCAGGGCAUUGUCUCAGAGAAAUAAUGACCCACAAACAGCUUCAAGGCCAUGGGACAAAGAUAGAGAUGGUUUCGUUUUGGGUGAAGGUGCAGGAGUACUGAUAAUGGAGAGCUUGGAACAUGCAAUGAAACGAGAUGCACCAAUCAUUGCGGAGUACUUAGGAGGUGCUAUUAACUGUGAUGCUUAUCAUUUGACUGACCCCAGAUCUGAUGGACUUGGAGUGUCAGCAUGCAUACGGAGCAGCCUUGAAGAUGCUGGUGUAUCACCUGAGGAGGUUAACUACAUAAAUGCUCAUGCAACUUCCACUCCAAUGGGUGACCUGGCUGAGAUUAACGCCAUUAAAAACGCAUUUAAAAGGACCUCAGAGAUCAAAAUCAAUGCCACCAAGUCUAUGAUUGGGCACUCCCUCGGUGCAGCUGGUGGGUUGGAAGCCAUUGCUACUUUAAAGGCCAUAACAACUGGAUGGUUGCAUCCUACCAUUAAUCAAUUUAACCUAGAGCCUGCAGUCAAGUUCGAUACUGUUGCCAAUAAAAAGCAGCAGUUUGAAGUGAAUGUCGGCAUUUCAAAUUCUUUUGGAUUUGGUGGGCAGAAUUCUGUGGUGGUGUUUUCUGCUUUCAAGCCUUGAUCAUUCAGGAUGAUUCAGACAUUCUGCAUUUCUUAUAGGAUACAAAUCUUACAAAGCAGAUUUAAUAACUAAUCUCACAUCAAGAUACUUCGUCUUCUUUCUACAAUUGCUGCAUAUUUUCAUUUUUCAAAACAGUGGAAUUUUAUGGGAUUAUUGUGGCUUGAAUAUUUGUAAGCUUUCAAGUAAUGUUGUUGAUAGAGGAAAUCAAGGACUUCUAAGGACUACUUGAAUGAAUCGGUUUCUUACAAUAUGAUUUUAACAUUAAAUUUCCA